UUCGGAUCCGCCUUCACUCCGCAUAUAUCCGCCACGGAGCGCGCUCGUCGUAUCAUCCGAUACUGGCCUUCACCGCUGUUGCCCGCCCGCCCGUCAGCUGUGGUUCACUUUCUUUCCGGUGGCUGCCAGCUCCGAUCCAUUCUAUCUAAGAUUUGCUGUUCAAAUAGAUUUGGAUUCGGUAUAAUUUCAUUACAUUUCUCUUACCUUUGGCCAGACCCCGUUGCCGAGCUUCCCCCGUUGCCGUUGGCGCCGCUGCCGGCGGCUGAUGGUGGGCCUGGGCCUGGGCAGCGGGCGGCGCAGCGCGCGCUCCACGCCGCCGUUGCUGCUCGUGCUGCUGCUGGCGCUGAGUGCGUGCAUGGCCUUCCUCGUCCUCACCUACUGGCUGUCGAGCGCGCGCAGCUCCGAGCUGCAGGCACGCGUCGCCGUCCUCAACACCGAGAUGCGGCGCGUGGCGUCUGAUGUCGGCGUCGCCGAGCUGGCCAAGUAUCAGCUGCAGGUGCAGCUGCAGGGCCAGCGGGAGGAAGCGGAGCGGCAAGCGCAGCUGCACCAGCAGUAUCUUCAGUCGGAGAUCCGCGCUUGUCACGAUGUAAAGGAGAAUCUGAAUAAGAACAUUACGAGUAGCACAAAGAUUAUACAAACACUGCAAGAACAAUUUCAACAAUUGCAAAGGGGGUAUGGCCAAAUAAAUCAAAAGUUGCAGGAUCUGCAGAAAAAGUUAACCUAUGAUAUUACUCAGUGCAGUAAUCAGAUAAAUGAUCAAAAAGAGUUGUAUGAAGAACAGAUUAAGGUGCUAAACAGGAGACUUGCUGAUGCCACAAAGCUCCAGACUGGAAACAGAGACACUGAAUCAACUGAUCAGACCAAGUUAUUGCCGAAAGAGUACAAGCCAACAGAUAAACAAGAAACCAAUGAUCCACAUCAAGAACUCCAGUCUCCAAAAGAAGAUAAUGAUCCCACCAGUCAGUUAGAAGUUAAAACAAAUGAAGUUGAUAUUAUGACAAAGAUUGUAUCUGAAAAGGAAAAUAAGCUACAUGAUUCAAAUGCCCUUGAAGUGAAUGGAACUAUUGUUAAAAAUGAAAUAAUCACCAAAGAUGCAGGUGUAGGUGAAAAUAAUCAACAUCACUUGGAUACAUCGCAACAGGGAAACACUGAUCACAGAAGGAAUCCUGGUGAAGUUAUGGAAGAUGACAAGAAAUAAAUGUGGGACAUAAAGAAGCUGAAAAUAUUUCUUGUGAAAAAUGAAGAUCAGAACAUGAAACAAACACUGUUUACGAAACUGGUUGAAAUAAGUGGAUUGAGUAGCUUUAUUUGUUGAUAUUGCACUUUCUUAGCUGACUACAGUGAGAUUUAAUCAGUAUUGCUUGGAGCUAUAUAUCAAGGACCAUUAGUGGCCUGCAGUUUAAAAAGUAUUGGGUACGAGCAAUUUCUGAUUCAUUCAAAAUUAAAUGAACAAUUGAGUAACUCUAACUUUAAUUCAUACUGGAAAUUUCACUAAGUUCUAUAAUUGAAACUGGAUGUUGUAAUAUUAGCUGUUUUAAAUGCUGAUUCUAAUUGCAUCUUAAUGAUUUCUUAAGUCAGACACUAUUAUCACACUUAUAAGUAGCAGACUCUCUGUGGAAUGCAAUUGUUUAUGCAUAUCUUUUUCAAUUCUGCCGUUAAUACAGACAUUUAAGGAAGCUUAUUUUUUAAAACUAAGUUCUGAAAGGUAAAGAAGAGGUGCCCAAAGUCUGUACUGAUUUCCAUUGAAUUAGUGUGGUUAGUCUGUCUCUUUGUGUUAGUGGGUUUGAGGGAAAAAAACUUUUAAUAUAUUUUUUUAAUCCUUUACCUUAAUAGCAUAUUUAACAUGUAACAAAAUAUAUAAUUACACAUUCUGAAAAGUGAAGUUAAUGUAAACUGGAUUUAGUUUUGAUAUGUCCCUCCAUUCUGGUGUGCUGAAAUAUUACGUGAGAUUGGGCAUCUUCUGAAUCGCCUCUACAUCUGUACUCCAAAUUAAAUUUGUCAUCUAAAAUAAAAAUGCAACUUAAUUGCUUAGGCUGAAUCUACUUGGCUAAAAAGGUUGCAUUCUUUUAUGUCCUCUGUCUAACCUUUCUCAUUGAGAACUGUGUUUAUUUCAAAAUAAAAUAAUUAUUGUUUCAUU